AUAAUUUUUGCCAUUUUUCAGCAAAAAUAUAGUAGCUUUUUAUUUUCCAUUAAGAGAGUGAACUUCUUCUUGAUAUUAAUGAAUAUGAAUAUCCAAGAGCAAAUGAAACACUUAGAAAGAUACACAAAGAGUUAUGGCAGGAAUAUUAUGAAUGUUUAAAAAAGACAUAUAACGAAAUUGGAUCGGAAAGGAUGAUGUAUCCAAUAGCGUUUCAAGCCUUAGAAGGAACACUUGUCACGUAUGAUGAAAAGAAUACUCUUAUUACUUAUUUUAUAAUAAUAAUAUUACUAAUACACCAAUUUCAGAUUAAAAUGUCAAAUAUGUAUUUCUCCAAUAGAAAUCUAUGUUAGCGAUGAUGUAGAAUGGUAUUUCAAUAAUACUGUUAGCAAUGAUACAAGUAGGCUUAUAGAAUCAGAUAAUGUGUUCAUUUCCCCAGAAGACAGAUCAUUAAUAAUACAUAACAUUAAGGUACAAUUUAGUAAAUAAAUAUUUUUUGCCAUAAUAAUACAGUAGUCUUUACAGUCUGAACAAGCUGGUCAAUAUUGGUGUAAAUUUGGGGAUACAAUAUCAAUAUAUUACUAUAUAUCCAUUGACACUGAUCUUGAAGGAGUAAAAACUGUAUACCCUACAACAGCACCCAAUAUGCCUCAUGCAAUACCACAAAAUAUUGUAUCGGAAUAUAAUUUAAAUAUCUAUACAACAUGGACUAAAUGGUCUUUAUGUUCUAACUGUAAUGUAGUUGGUAAAAAAGUUCGAUAUGGAUAUUGUACUGUUUCUUCACGUGCAGAUGUCAACAAGAAAAAUAUAAUAGAAGAAAAACAACUUGCAGAUUAUAAACGGCAAACUGCAGAGAAUGAACAAAAUGGAACAAUAGAAACUACAACCACAAUUCAGGAUCAAAUUAUAGAUAAAAGUAUGAAUGAUAAAAUCAAAAUGGUUUUGCGUUUAUUUAGAAAUAAAAUACCUUGUAAAAGUAAAUAUUUGCCAAAAGCUUUGAACAUUUCGAAUAUUAAAGAUAGAAAAACAGAAAUUAUGGUGCGCUAUUGCAAGAUAAAGUGUCCAGAAAAUAUAAUAUUCGAAGUACGAGAUAAAAAGGGAAAUGUACUUGAAAGUGCAAAUAAUAGUGCUGGUAUAUAUUCUAUGGUUCAAGGAAUGCCCGCUCCAUCGCCGCCAGUUAUACGCACAACAAUUUAUCAAAAACAUGACAAAAAAGCAGUUCUUGUGUGUCCAGGAAAUUUAAAUACAGAUGUACCAAUUAAUUGGAAAAUAGAUGACAAAAUCUUAAAUCCGUCUAUUGUAAAAGACCAAUCUGAAGGAAGAAUUUAUUUUAAUUCGCAAAUGCAUAUAAUUUUCAAAUCAUUAAAAUUUCAAGAUGCAAAUAUAUAUAGUUGUUGGCAAAGAAAUGAAAUCGUUGGUGUAAUAAAAUUAAAUGUAACUGGAGAAAUGGAACUACAAACAAAUUACAGUGUUAUUAUGAUUGGUGGAAUGUUAAUAAUUGUUGUAUUCAUGAUUGUGUUUUGGAGGGCAUUUCAAACUCGUAAACGUUUUACGAUACAUUGACUGUAUCGUGCACUAUUUCUUUGAAAUAAAACAACA